AAAAAUCCUUUUCUUGAAUUUAAAAAUAGAAUCAUCGAAAUAUUAAAUGAUUUUGAAAUAAAUGAAUGUUUUGAUUCUAAGAUAAUUACAAAUGAUAGAGAUAAAGAUAUAUUAAUUUCAGAAGAUGAUUUUGAAUUAUUAAUCACAUGUAAAUAUAGAGAAUCAAAAAAUAUUCGGUUUGAUGAUGUUGAGAGAACAGCAGCUAAUAGUCGAUUUCUCAAUGUUCAAGGAGUAAUUGUAACAAAUCUUGGUUAUGGACAAAAGGCUAUAAAAGUCGCAAAGAAGUAUAAUAUAAUCUUAGCUCAUGAUUUUAACAUUAAGGAUAAAUUAAGAUCGUAUAUUGAUAAAAUGGUUGAAAGAAAAGAAUUAGAUAUCUUGGAAGAUAUCGAAAGAGAGGAAAAAAUAAGUCUUUAUUUUU